AUGUCCCGUAUUCCUCUUUCAGACUAUCCCCAGAUCGCAGGAGGCUACUGUCCCCCACUCAACCACCUACUCUGCGAGAACUGCCACGCCAUCCGCCCCUGCUCUGUCAAAUGCCUCCGCGCCGACCAAAACUGCCACUGUCGCCCCGAAUGCGAGGCUUCCAAGGAAACAAAGGCCCUUCAGGAAGCCUUCCAGCGCGCAAACAUCGUCAUUGGGCCCCUCAGCACCCCCACCAGCCCCGAGAGCGCCUACACGCUGCAAACCUAUAUCGCCAGGCCCUUCACGCGGCUGGUCCAGAACACUUGGCUGCACGGCCGCAGCCGCCACGACACCUUCCGGCUGCUGAUCGACGCCUACCGCUGGCGCGUCGAGGAGGACCAGGUAGGCGGCACACGCUUCUUCGACAGCCUGUACCAGGACCCGUUUAACGGCGGCCGCCGCGGGUUCAGGCAGUGGAUGACGCUGGUGGAGGGGUGUUUGGGGAUUCUUCCGGAGUGGUGGACGACGGAGACCUCGCAGCAGUGUUACAUGUUUGCGCAGGCGUAUCACGACUGGAGUGUGGACCGUGUGGUCCGGGUGUGGGAUAUUCAGCGGUUCUACGGAGCUGACCAGGAGAUGGCGUCCCAGCUGGCGAUCUUCUCGGAGACUGUGGUAGGGACUGCUGGAGGGUUGGUGUCUACGAGCGGUUUGCUUCGGAUGAUGGUUAAGGAGGAGUGGAUGAUCGGGUUGGAUCCCCUCAAGAGAAUCUUUAAUUCUUAUUACGGGGUGCAGGAAAACCCCGGUUGGGAUACGAGUUUGUGA